AUGCCCUGGUCACAAUUCAUAGAGUCCUGCGCAGAAAAACUGUCGCAGGAAUGCGAAUUCCCCGCCGAUCAACAUCUUUUAGGCGAGGUUCGGCUGCAGCACAUGCUUCAGCGAAUCGACUCGCUCGUCAGGCGAGGGUUCAGCGAAGACCAAGCCAGAUCCACAGAUAUAGAAGCCACGGUCCGAUCUCUUCAAAUUGAAGCGCAAAAUUGCAAAGCCCAGCUCCUGAACAAUGCUGGAUUUGACCGUGAUGUCAACAUCAACAUACAAUCCCACACCUUCGAAAUCCACAUCCACCAAACAGUCUUCUUCGACGUAUUCCCCCAAUCAACCCCAUCCCACGACCACUCCAUAUCCCUUCUCCGCAUUGACGCCCUCUGCCACGGCCUCGCAGCCGCAAAACAAUGCCUAGAGUACUACUUCAAACUACCCGUCGGCAUUGAGAAGAAAUUCAGCUACUCCCAAUGGACAAGCAUGGGGUUCUGCGUAGCAGCAUCAUGCAAACUCGUCCUCGCUUCACUGGAGCCAUCCGUCCGCCACCACGACCAAGUAGCCGCACUGCGCGAAGCGCUAAACAUGCGCGGCGAAGUGCAGCGGCUGUCGCAGCGCAUGAACACAAUUGACUCCGAAUGCAAGGGGGAGAACUGGGACGGGUGCGAGGUUUUCUUUUACCGCGAGUGGUUGCAGCAUCUUGGGGAGUGGUUUGAGGCGCAGUAUCGGCUUGCGCAUUCGGAUAGUGCGGGGGAGAAUGGGAGUGGGGGUGGGAUUGUUUUUGGUGGUGCUGUGGGGGAGAAUGGGCCGGGUCUUUUUGAGACUGAUGCCAGUGAGCCGGAUGCUGGGUUUCCUUGGUUGAAUCUUCAGGAUGUUACCAUUGAGGACAUGUUGAAUGCUUGGCUUGGGCCUGCGGGGAUGUAUUAG